AUGGACUUUUCAAACUUACUAUCUAACGAAAUCAAUAAGAAACGUAAAAAGGUAGCUGCAAAUGGAAGGAAACGCAGCAAAGUGUCUACCACCGCCAAAGAACCGGCGGUAGUUGUUGAGCAUGCACCAGAAACAAUCAACCCCCAGCCUACUACGACAAACGAUGAGCCAAGUGAAGAACAAUUAGAUACAAAGUUGUCACAAUUUGGUGAACUAGAUACGUCCUUAUCGAAAUCAGAAAAGGCCAGGAAAUUGCAAUUACUACUACAACAGCAAAUCAAAAACACAAAGUACAAGGCAUGGCUAGAUCAAGAGGCUCCGUUGUACCAAGACCCCGAAAAGCAAUUGAUCACGCUUGAUUUGAUAACUGAUAUAACAAAUAAACAAGACGAAGUAUACCUAAAGCUACGGGUAUACAUAAAGCAGCUAAUUAAACAAUGGCAAGAAUGCGAUAACGACGACCAAGAGUUAUUGAUGGAAACGAAAAAGAGUAUAGUCAAAUUGUUAUACAAGCUAAGGAGCCAUAAACUUUCUUUGGACAUGCUAAUAUCGCUCCUGACCAUUGUUUACUAUAUCCAACAAAACGAAUUCAACAAGGCAAACGAAAGCUACAUGAAACUAAGUAUCGGCAACGUCUGUUGGCCAAUUGGGGUGGUCAAUGUAGGUAUUCAUGCAAGAAGUGCAGCACUGAAAAUAACCGGUGCCUCUAACGUCAGUAACAUAAUGCUAAGCGAGUCUACACGAAGAUGGAUUAUAAGUAUAAAGAGGUUGAUUAGUUUUAAAGAGAGAGUAUAUAAUAAUGCACGUGAUUAG